ACAUAUGAGGAAAAAAAAAAAAAAAACCAAGAAAUCCUUUAACAAUUGACCAUUUGUGGAUUAAACGGUUCAAAUAGACGACUAAGGCAACUCCGUCAGAAAAAGGAUGACAACGAACAAAAUAAUUGGAGUACAGGGACGACACUUGGUGCUUUUGGUGAAGUAGAGGGAUGACAAUAAACAAAUCUUUAGUAGAGGGAUGGACAUGAAUAAAAGUCAAAAGUAGAGGGACGACGGUUGGCUUUAACCCCAUCACCAUCUCAUUUCUUUACUUCUCUCUCUUUCAGCCGCUCUAUUUAGACCUCCCUUUGAUCAUUUGACCUUCUUUAAUACAGCUGCCAGAAUCUCUUAUUCUACCAAACUUCAAUUUCUUCAAGCCAUGUUAUUUCCUCCGUUUUUUCUCGCUUCUCUCAUCGUCUUUUCCCUCGCAACCUUUGUAUUUGCAUCUUUAUUACCAGAUGACGAAUUGAGAGCGUUGAGAGAGAUAGCGAAGACUUUGGGAAAGACAGACUGGGAUUUCAACAUAGAUCCACGCUGUGGAGAGUCAGGAUCGGCUACACCAAAUGCAGCGGAAGGAUUUGAAAAUGCUGUUACCUGUUCCAAUGACACCAUCCCCCAUAUUGUUAGCAUAGUGCUUACAUCACAGAGUCUCCAGGGCACUCUCCCACCAGAGUUGGUCAGGCUCCCUUACCUUCAAUUAAUUGACCUUAGUCGCAACUACCUCAGUGGUGCUAUCCCUUCAGAAUGGGGUUCCAUGCAGCUUGUCAACAUCUCUCUUCUUGGAAAUCGCUUAACGGGUCCGAUCCCCAAAGAGAUAGGAAACAUAAGCACUCUUAUCGAAUUGAAUUUGUUUGCAAGCUCAUCAGGGGCCACUAAUUCUAUCAGAGGUGACAUUUCAUGCUUGGGAAGCGUCUCUAAAUGUCAAAAAAAAAGGUAUUCUCUCUAUAUUAAUUGUGGUGGAAGAGAAGUAACUGUCAAGGGAACCAAAUAUGAAGAUGAUAGGGAUGAAGCAGGACCUUCGAGAUUUGUUGAAGGAAGCAGCAAUUGGGCAAUCAGCAACACUGGUAACUUCUUGGAUGAUGACAAAAAUCCAGACAAUUUGAUCGCUACAAACACAUCUAAACUUUCUGUGAAAGAUUCAGAACUGUACAUGAAUGCACGCCUUUCAGCCAUCUCUUUAACUUAUAUUGGAUUUUGUAUGGAGGAUGGAAACUACACAGCAAAUCUCCAUUUUGCGGAGAUAAUGUUCACUGAUGAUAAGACAUACAACAGCUUGGGGAGGCGCAUAUUUGAUAUUUACAUUCAGGGAAAGCUGGUCCAAAAGGAUUUCAACAUUGCAGCUGAAGCUGGUGGGGUUGGCAAGGUUAUCAUAAAACCAUUUCCUGUGGUUGUGAUCAAUGGUACCUUGGAGAUUCGUUUAUAUUGGGCUGGAAAAGGAACAACGGCCAUUCCUGAUAGAGGAGUUUAUGGUCCUCUUAUAUCAGCUAUAUCUGUGAAUCCUAAUUUUACACCUCCUUCUGAGGGCGGUACUAGUCUAUCUAUAGGAAUGGUGGUUGGAAUUGUGGUUGGAGCAACAUCUACUAUUUUUCUUAUCAUCGGUAUCCUUAGGUGGAAAUGCUACAGAAGACAGAAAAACACAUUAGAACAAGAUCUAAAAGGUAUGAACUUGCAAACUGGUUCUUUUACUUUAAGGCAGCUAAAAGCCGCCACCAACAACUUUGAUCCUGCUAAUAAGAUUGGAGAAGGUGGUUUUGGUCCUGUCUACAAGGGUCAUUUGAUGGAUGGUAAAGUUAUUGCUGUCAAGCAGCUAUCUGCUAAAUCAAAACAAGGAAAUCGUGAGUUUUUGAAUGAAAUUGGUAUGAUCUCUGCUUUGCAACAUCCUCAUCUAGUAAAGCUAUAUGGAUGUUGUAUUGAAGGAAAUCAACUCUUGCUAAUAUACGAGUACAUGGAGAACAACAGCCUUGCUCGUGCAUUGUUUGGCCCAGAAGAAUGCCAAAUGAAAUUAGAUUGGCCAACAAGACAAGAGAUUUGCAUUGGUAUAGCAAGAGGUUUGACUUAUCUCCAUGAAGAAUCAAGGUUGAAGAUUGUGCACCGAGAUAUCAAAGCUACCAAUGUAUUGCUUGAUAAGGAUCUAAAUCCUAAAAUUUCUGACUUUGGUUUGGCCAAGCUUGAUGAUGAGGAUAAUACCCAUAUCAGUACUCGAGUUGCUGGAACUUUUGGCUAUAUGGCUCCUGAAUAUGCAAUGCGGGGAUACUUAACUGACAAAGCAGAUGUUUAUAGUUUUGGAAUUGUGGCCUUAGAAAUUGUUAGUGGAAGGAGAAACACAUGUUCUCAGGCAAAGGAAGAUAGUUUCUAUCUUCUUGAUUGGGCUCUUCUUCUGAAGGAGAAAGGAAGCUUAUUAGAGUUAGUUGACCCGAGACUGGGAUUUGACUAUAACAAAACGGAGGUAAUGAAAAUGAUAAAUGUGGCACUAUUGUGCACUAACCCUGCUCCAGCCGCUAGGCCAGCCAUGUCUUCCGUGGUGAGCAUGCUUGAAGGGAAGGUUGCUGUUGUUGAGUUGGGUUUGGAUUCUAGUAUGUCUAUUGAAUCGAUGAGGAAGUUAUAUCAGAAUCUUGAAGAAAGAAAUAUUCAUGAGAAGUCACAUAGUAUGUCAAUGGAAUCUUUGCCGUUUACCUCCUCUUCCUCAUCCGCAGCUAACCUCUAUCCACCGAGCUUGAACUCAUCUUAUUGGCAGAAGAGAGACUGCAAAUCAUCUUGAUUUUGGCCAUGAGAACAUUUCUUAAUUGGAAAUUCUAUAAUUCUUAUUCUAAUUUUUCUUUUUGGAAUUAGACUGUAAAAAGCCUCUAGAACAAAUAUUUGUUAAAGCAAGGUUGUGUUUUAAAUUUUGGAUCACUAUUGUAAUAGUUUUUACAUGGUUAAAGAAAUAUGUAUUUUUAAU